CCCGCCCCUCCCCUCCCCCGCGCUUGCCAUGACUAUUCUGCCCAAGAAGAAAGCUUGCCCGGCAGCAGGGGACGGAGACCGGGACCAGCCGGGCUCCCGGGGGGGUGGCCCGGGGGGCCCCGGAGGCCCUGGCGGCGUCGGGGGACCGGACCCCCGGGGCUGCUCUGGCGCCGACUCCCACCCGCGGGGCCCCGGCGGCGGCGGCGGCGGAGGCGGCCCCGGCGACCCGCAUUCCGGACGCGGCGGAGCCCGGCCCCGGGCCUCGCCUCCUCCCCCGCCGCCCCGCUGGGGCCUGCCCCCCGCUGGGUCCCCUCCGCCGCCCAAUCCCGGGGUCGGAGCCGGUGGCGACGGGACGGGCCUCGGCCUGCUGGACCCCGGCGUGGCUGACGCGCGGGGCGGGGUCGGCGGCGGCUGCUGCUCCGGGCCCGGCCACAGCAAGAGGCGGCGGCAGGGGGGACCCGGCGGGGGGCUGGGGGCGGCGGGGCCCGGGGGAGGGGGAGGCAACAGUCCCGAGCAAGAUGAGGCCGGCGCAGGCUACAACAGCGAGGACGAGUACGAGACGGCGGCGGCCCGCAUCGAGAGCAUGGACCCGGCCACCGUGGAGCAGCAGGAACACAGGUUCGAGAAGGCGCUGAGAGAGAAGAAAGGGUUCAUCAUAAAACAGAUGAAGGAAGAUGGGGCCUGCUUGUUCCGUGCUGUGGCUGACCAGGUAUAUGGCGACCAAGACAUGCAUGAAGUGGUCAGGAAGCACUGUAUGGACUACCUGAUGAAGAACGCCGAUUAUUUCUCCAACUACGUGACCGAAGAUUUCACCACUUACAUCAACCGGAAGCGGAAAAACAACUGUCAUGGCAACCAUAUUGAGAUGCAGGCCAUGGCAGAGAUGUACAACCGACCUGUGGAGGUUUACCAGUAUGGCACGGAACCCAUCAACACUUUCCACGGCAUCCAUCAGAAUGAGGACGAACCCAUCCGGGUGAGCUAUCACCGCAACAUCCAUUACAACUCCGUGGUGAACCCCAACAAAGCUACCAUCGGGGUGGGGCUGGGGCUGCCCUCCUUCAAGCCAGGGUACGCGGAGCAGUCCUUGAUGAAGAACGCCAUCAAGACGUCUGAGGAGUCUUGGAUCGAGCAGCAAAUGCUGGAGGACAAGAAGCGGGCGACUGACUGGGAAGCCACCAACGAGGCCAUUGAGGAACAGGUUGCCAGGGAGUCCUACUUGCAGUGGCUGCGUGACCAGGAAAAGCAGGCCAGACAGCCCCGCAAAGCCAGUGCCACCUGCAGCUCUGCUACGGCGGCUGCCGCCAGCGGCUUGGAAGAAUGGAGCGGCCGCUCUCCCCGUCAGCGCAGUUCAGCGUCUUCCCCGGAGCACCCGGACCUGCACAAUGAGCUGAACGCGGCCAAGCCGCCUUCCCCUGGGAGCACCACGGCCCUCGCACUUACAAAGCCCCCCUCCCCAUGUGCUCCCGGCACAAGCAGCCAGCUUUCUGCAGGCGGUGGCCGAGCAACCCCUCCCUUAGUGUCGUUGUAUCCAGCCCUGGAGUGCCGGGCAAUAAUGCAACAGAUGUCGCCCACCGCCUUCGGCUUGAGCGACUGGGACGACGAUGAGAUCCUGGCUUCGGUGCUGGCGGUGUCGCAACAGGAGUACUUGGAAAGCAUGAAGAAGAGCGCCCUGCACAGAGACAGUGGUUCCGACAAGAGUUGAUAACUCGCUCGCAGCUCCUGGGCUCGCCUGACACCCCUUAGGUGCAUGUUUUGGCAGGAAGGAUGAUAAUACCUGGGACCCCUCCCCUCCUCCGCUGCUGCUGAUCAACGCUCCUUUGGCUGCCCUUUUGCUCCCCACCUUUGGCUCUCUGCCUCCGACCCCUGGCGCGUCGGGGAAGAAGCAAGAGAGAGACAGGACCUCCUCGGCAAGGAGCUGGGACACACACAAGCUGGGGCAUGCUGGGCUUCCCCCUUCAUCAGCCGUUCUUUCAUUAUUAAAAGGAAUAAUUGAUCUGGUCCUCCGUGAGCCCUCCCCGCUUUGGGAUGAUAGGGAUGGGGGUCCCGCUUGCAUAUGAUGGACGAGGGGAGGUGGGCCGAGGUUGGAUUGAGGCGACCAGAGAGACGCUUAGCAGCUUCUGCAGAAGCAGAGUGCAGCUGCUCUAGGGUCGGCCAGCUUCCCUCACCCUGGAUGUUGGGGCAGAGUCAUUUUCAGGCACGGAGAGAGGGAUUGAGGGCUACUGUUUUCCCUGCACUCCUUCAUCCUGAUGCCAAGCCUUCUAACCCAAGGGACUUCACUAGGAGCGGUCCCUCACCCUGUAGCCAUUUUGAUCGCUCCUCCUCCAUCUCUGAGGAACCGCUCUGCCUCUUGUCCGUUGAUAGAACCACCUGAAUUACUGUCUCUUCUUUCUCUGUGUGAUUGCCUCUCUCUCUCUCUCUCUUUCCACCUGUGUGUAAUUUCUGGCUUGUUCACAUGUGGCUCUUCUCCUGAUGUCCCAGUGGGUACUGCUACUCCCCUGGUUCCGACCGUUUGCCCACCGCUGCGGUCUCCCUGGUACUGGGCUCGCUGGCCUUUCUUUGUCUCUCCUGCUGCUGCCUCUUCUGCUGGACUCGCUGUGCCUAGCAGCAGGAGGGAGAGCGGCAUGGCUCACCAUUCACUAUCAGUACUUCCCUUGGAAGGGGCCUGGCCUUAGUAGAGCUGUGCUGAAGCCGUGUAGGUAACAAAAUGGACUCUCAACAGACAGAGGCAGCAGCUACAGUGGUGGGAAGGCACCAGGCUCUCUCGUGGCAGAAGUAGACCUUGAACCCCGGGGUAAGGGCUAGUUGAAACAGGGUCAUCUGUCCUACCAGGUCCUGGGCUUUUGGUGGGCUGACUCAAAGGUCUAUAACUCCGAGAAAGGAAGGAUCUCUGGCAACCUUACCUCUUCCAGGUGUGGUGUCUUCCACACUACUGCUGUAGUUAUAUUUCAUGCAUUGUGGCCAUAUUUACUCUCUAAGCGUAGGGCCUGAACAGAUGUUUUUGACUGCCACUUUCAUGUAAGGGCACAAGGUGCUCAGCUACUCUUGCAUCUUUACACUGAGUCCAAACUCCAUGGAAAGUCGGGAUCUGCUGAAAUCCCUGCCCUUUCUGCUUUCUGAGGCUCAAAAGUGGCAGCUUUGAAAAUGGGGGUGGGCCGAGGAGGGGUGGUGGUGGUCUGCUUUAGAUCCAGGACAUUCCAUGGAUGACUGGUUUAAAAGUGGUAUUCGGUGCCUGAAAUAAAGUAUGGGCAGAGUUGACCACCUGUACUCGACUUCCUUCUCUCCCCGCCACCCACCCCGCCUCCUCUUUUGACCUGGGUGAUCAGCACCCCUGUACAGAUAGAGAAAGAGGCUGGAGCAGGUGAGGAUGUACUUGCCAUCCCUGAGAACAAAACAUCCAAGCCUGAUCCUUUGAAGGGGAUACGUCUGCCAUGCAUCCUAAUUUCAAGGAAACCUUAUCACUGGUAGCUGGAAGCUAACUUAGGGCAGCUCCCCGUUGCUUUCUCAUGGGUCCGGGGGUGUUGGAUCCCAGGGUCACCCAAAAGUAUGAAAACAGUCACUGGUGAUCAUCCGUUGGGAACUGAAUGAUUUGAUUUAUUACAUUUAUAUACCGCCCCAUAGCCAAAGCUCUCUGGGCAUGAGACCCUCUCAGAAGCACCCUGCCUCCCACCCAGGUGCUGGUUUACUGCCAGUCCGUAAUUAGAAUCCCUUGACCAGAAAUACCAACUUCUGCAAGAUUGGUGAAAGCAGAGUAAAUCAUGUAAAUAUUACUUUGUUGGAUCUAGAAAAGCAAUCAAAUAGAUUUGAGAUGCAUUAAACGGAGGCUAUGCACACUUGGCAUCACUGGUAAACCAUUCCUUUGGCUGUACCUCACAGAGGGAUGCCCCAGCGGCUGGGAAGGGCAGAGGUUGUCGUAGCUGGGGCUUGUUAGAAGGUGCAGGGGUGGGGGAGUCACCUGAGCCAGCUGGAAAGCCGUACGCUUCACCUUUUGACAUCUCCGCUGCCAGGAGGGCUGCCGACAUAACUUUAAAAAGAACUCCGCUUCUUGGCUUUCUGAUGGCCUCUCUGCUUGAAAUCAGGUUUGGAUGGCCGUCAUGCAGUGAGCCCACAUCCUUGGUUUAUGCGUUGUGGGGGGCGGGCAGUGGAAGGAGAGAGAGAAAAGACAAGUUGGACAAAUAAACACUAUCUCUGGUUGAUCUGUC